AUGUCGGAAGGGAAUCAGCAGUCCCAAGCCAACACUGGAGAUGCAACGUACGAUUCCAUUACGGACGGUAACUGCAAGACAGAACUCCGCAACCUCCUCAAAAAGCUGUUGCACACCGCUGGGUUUGUGUUCUGCCUGGUAGUCGCCAUCACGCUGUCAUUUCUGACAGUUAAAGUCAUCAGUAAUUCUGAGGAUAUGGCCAAACUGUCAAAAGAGAUUGCCAAGCUCCGGACGGAACUGCGGUUACAUCCACAAACUGAUCUGGAAGGAGAAAAGGGAGCCAUGGGGCCGGCUGGUCCUGCGUCUCUCGGGCCUCCUGGUCCUCCAGGAGAAAAGGGCGCCAUGGGGCCUGCUGGUCCUGCGUCUCUCGGGCCUCCUGGUCCUCCAGGAGAAAAGGGAGCCAUGGGGCCUGCUGGUCCUGCGUCUGUCGGGCCUCCUGGUCCUCCAGGAGAAAAGGGACCGGCUGGCCCUGUGUCUUUUGGGCCACCCGGACCUCCAGGGCCGCCUGGUCUGCCAGGAAACUCGUUUCAGUGUCCAGGACCAGCUGAACGAGCGUCCUGCCCCGAAGGUUAUACCAAGUGGCGUGAAACCUGCUAUAAAGCGUUCAACGAAUAUAAAUCCGGCGGGACCUUCAACGAAGCGACCGAGACCUGUCGCAGAGAUGGCGGUACCCUCGCCAUGCCCCGAGACGCUGAGACUAACAAGUUCCUGGUCUCCUUAGAGCGAAACAAAGGGAGCUUUUACUGGAUCGGCCUGCACGAUCAGCGCUCGGAGGGACUAUUUGAGUGGGUGGACGGGUCUGUGCUUGGAAGAUUUAAGAACAACGUCAGUCCCAUUUAA